CACGCGGCUCCGAUUGUGUUCCCGUGGAGCGCUUCUCAGUGUACUAUUCUCAAUUCCUUUUUUCUCUCUCUUUCUCUAUUUAUCUCUCUAUUUGGGUAUUUGUCUUUUUUCUUCUUUCUUAAUUUCAACGUUUGCCGUUGCCUGGCCACCCCCUCGUCAAUCUUCUCGAGGGUUCGCGGCGGGACCCGCCCACCCGCGCGUGAGUGACUUUCCUCUCCCUCUUCCGACGCUGGUUCCCCUUUCUUUAUCGCGCAGGAAAACAGCGUCGCGACACGUGCAGUCGCGUUCGCCGAAGGCUCGAAACUAGGAGCGCCUUUCGGGAUCGGCGAGGUGGCGAGAGAAACGCUUGAUUGUAGGCCGAUCUUUUCUUUUGUCUCGCUCUUUUCACACGUCGCAUCCGACUCGUCGCGCGCCGGAGCACGGCGAAAUCUGUCGUUAUGGGGGAUCUGCUCUCCGGAGACGCCCGGUGCGUGAGCGACCCGUCGCCAAUCACUAGAGUCGGUUGCGCAGCCAAAACAGUGACAACGAAGGGUGACUUGUUUGUUUUCGUACACUCCGCAGUGUCGGGACAGCGGGGGCACCGACCGUGACAGUGGAGGGUGUCUUGCACCCCGGUGUGGUACAGUGUAUGAUAACCGUCCGAUUGUGUGACUGUUUCAGUGACAAUCGCCGUGACGCGCCGAAUUGGAUUUUCCUGCUUCCAUCGAUAGUUUUGGAGUGAUUCGAGGAUUCGGCGGAAAAAGUAGUGUGCAGUGACGGAACGGUGAAACGAAACGAGCCUGAUCGAGAGAAAAGGAUUUUGAAAGUGAUCAGUUAUGGCUGUGACGCGGACGACGUCGGUGUUUCGAUCGGACGGUAGUGGCGACGACGGCAGAGGAUCACGGAAGUGCAACCUUCGAACAGGCGUACGAGUCGUCGGUCGUCGGGGAUUAAAAGGAUCAUCGAAUGUCAAGAGUGGAUCGGUUGCAACGAAACGCGGUGGUUCUGGGAAAUUUUUUCUGCUUGGCGUCGUCCUGGCCAUUCAAUUCGUCGGCGCCGCGGCGAUAUCCAGCAUGAGUGUGACCAAGGAUAUCAAAGUGGAUUUUGAUAUGCCGAAGGAAGCCGAGGUUGGUUCCACGAUCGAGUUGAAGUGCAAAUGGAAAAUAAUGCAUAGAAGCAAGCUUUAUUCAGUUAAAUGGUACAAGGACGAUCAUGAGUUUUUCCAAUAUCUGCCAGACGGUAAACAGAAGAUGCAGACAUUUUCCAGGCCCGGAGUCAACGUCGAGCUAAGACCGCAGCAGAUAAGACUCGCAGAUAACAGCAACAACGAAAAAUCGAUAAGCUUGAAGGACCUUGUUCUAGAAAGCUCGGGCCAAUACAAAUGCGAAGUUUCCACCGAGGCGCCGUCCUUUGCCACCACUUAUCAGAUGGCCAAUCUGACGGUGAUUUCGCCUCCGGAGAGGGGACCGGAAAUCACGGGCCUGUCCUCGCACUAUUCCGUCGGCGAGAACGUGACUGCCAACUGCACCGCUUGGCCGUCCGUGCCUAAGGCCAAUCUACGUUGGACCAUCAACGACGAACCGGUGCCACAUGAGAACACUGUCCAACAUCCACCGUUAGCACCAUUGAGCACUAGAGGCACCCCGAAUAGUCUAGGGCUAAGAUUAGAGACUGAAUCGCGGCACUUUGAAGGAAGCGGCGAAACAGUUAUCAUCAAAUGUGUCGCCCAAGUAGGCUCGAGGGACUACUCGACCGAGCGCAAGGUGCAAAUGGAACAUGUGAACAACCAGAGGCUCAGCGCCGGCAAUCUGAACUCAGCUGUUCGCAGGACCCGCGCCGGCCGCCUCAUCCCGCUGCUGACGAUGAUUCUCGCACUCAUCUCGCUCACGACGUGAUCUGCCGGUCUUCUCGCGUGAGUCGAUCUUUUCGAACGAGAAUUAACGCGCACUUCAGGAAUGCGCGGCAGAUUCAGUGUCAGUUGUCCGAUCCUUACGUAUAAAGUUAGGUUUAGCGAUUAAGCGACGAUACCCGAUUAGCGAUCCAAUCGAUCUGCUCGUUCUCGAUCUAACCACGCUUUCGCAUUCAGCGACGAUACGACAUCGUCAUUGUUCAUCAACAAGUUGGAAAGAUAUAUGGGAAAUAAAAAUCUCGUUGAGAUCAGAAGACGAUCGCGAUAAUGGCGAUGAGAGAAUAACUUUUUAUUGAUAGCAUUCUAUUAAUUAUUUACAGAUAGUUUUCGAAUAUUAGCUUUAUUUUUUUUUUUAUUCGAUUAUUAUAUUUGAUUUAUCAAUAAAAGUUGAGAAAUCAUUUACAGUCGAUGUAUCGCGACGAUAGUUUUAUAAACAAGUAGUAAUUAUAUGAAUACACCUCGUAUAUUUUAAACGACUUUAUAAAUCAGUAUUCUCCGUUAGAUGAAUACUUAAUCGAAAGUUUCCCCGUAAUUUUCGCAGCGACUUUCCUCCCUCUCUUCGGUUUCUUCUUAUCAUAUUUAACUCCCAAUCCUUUUAACGAGUUCCAGAUCUAGGAUACUCUUUAAAGUUCCCUUCGAUUGCGGCUCGCAGCCGUCAUUAACUUUUCAUUCAAGUUUUAAGAUUUUACUGCUAAUAGCAAAUGUCACGAGCCAGAUAGUGCGAGUGCAAAGUUAUCGAAUAAUAAUAACGAUCAGCGAUAUCUUGACAAUUUAAGUUUCCAAAUUUGCGACUUUCGCUAUAACAUAUUCUCUCAAAUGUUUUCGGUAUUUCAAUAAAAUCUAAUAUGAAUUUGAAAAGCCACGCUUAAUCUUUUUGACUGUUAUGACAAUCUUCGCAAGUCCAUUCCGUUUUAUACUCCAACAAUUACUGCUGUGGAUUUUAGACAGAAAUAGCUGCACUUUAUACGGCAUGCACACGUCAUAUCGCGGGGAUAUAAAUUCCGUUGCAGCGCGUGCAAAUUCCGUUUUACGAAACGCGCGAGAUUAACUACUGGAACGCACAUAAGUCGCCGCGACGCUGCAAAACGCGCUUGCAAAUUAUGUAUAAAUCGAUCAAUGAAUUAACUGUACCGGCACCAACAAAACGAGAUUAAUAAUUCGGAUAUCUCACGUUGCAAAAUUGCAAGCGCGCGGUUGCAGUUAUGAGUACGAAUUAUUUUAUUAAAAGAGAGAGAGAUUCUCUUACAGGCUCACGUAAAACUUUAAAAUCGCGAUUAUUUCAACAAAAACAGUUUGUACAACGUUGGUACGACGUGAAUAAUGACUCAAUUGUAUUGAAAAUUUAAUCGAAACUCCGCGAUAGAUUUAGUCUGUUGUAACAAAAACAUAUAUAACGGCGGAUUUGAGAUUAAUAUAGAGAUCAAUAUUUUAUUGCUAGCGCGAAGUUUGUUCGGCGAAUAUUGCUAAUUAAUAAUUCAAUGCAAUUUUUUCAGAGCUUUUUUCCAUAUUUAAUCGACCACCCAGCAUGAUGUAUAUUAUUCUCUCUGCAAAUGAAGAGUUAUUCUUUUAAUUCGCUCAAUUAUUAUUUCGGAGAAUUUUUUAACACGUAAAACUGGAUGAAAUUUUCCAUUAACGUACAAUUCGGCAAAAUAUUUGGCGAUCUCUAAAUGUAUCACGAUUAUCCAACGGAUUUUUACUUCAACGGGUGUAGUCUGACUAUUGCAGUUUCAUGUGUUUCGGCGCUGAUGACAAAAAGUGUUUGGUCGCGAGAAGCGAGCACGCGCGUACGAGUGCGAAGAAAGGAAAAAUCUUGAGAGAGGAUUUUGCAAGAAAUGGUCUAUUCGACCGCACUUUGGAGAAGACGCUAUAAAAGGCAGGAAGGCAAGAGAAUGCGAAUGAGAGAGCAAAUGCGAGAAAGUGAAACAAAGUUCGCGCAGCUGCGGAGAAGCAAAGAAAAAAGAAAGCGAAACGAGCGGGAACAUUGUGUGUGACCGAAGUGGAGAUACGAAGUUUGACUUCAAGAAUGAAAGUAGGUGUGAUAUUAUAGUAUUUAAGAUUGUGACUCGCGCGCGCGGGUCGU